CUCUGGGCUGCAGCUCAUCAGUCCGGCGCUGCCUCCUCCAGCAGCAGCAGCUCCUCUCUCUGCGCGCACAGACAUGGACAGAUCCAAACUCUAACUUCUUCAGCUCGUCUUCCUCCUCUUCUGCUGCACCUCUGCCCCCUCAGUGCUCCGAAUGAAAAGCUCCAUUGGAAGCAGCAGCAGUGGACGCAUGGAGAUCUAAUUUUGCUCCAUUUUUUUCGCUGAAGCUCGUGGAAGUUUUUGUUUUGCUGUUCCCUUGGUUGUUGUUUUUCUUUUAUUGUCUUUAUGGUCUCCUCAUGCGUCGGGAAUGCCAUGGCCACUCCGAGCGCACAGCAGCAGCACCAGGAUUAUUACAGAUCGGUGAGCAGCGAGUCCACCACAUACAUGAUGGUCCCGGCCGGCGGACCGACGGGGACGGCGCGCAGGGAAGCGCCGUCCAAGAUGUGGGUGGCGAUGGUGGUGAUAGUGGUCGUGGUGCUGCAGAUCGCCUCCACCACGGGGCUGUUUCUCUACCUGAACAUGUCCAUAUCGCAGGUGCGUAGUCAGGGUGUCACAGAAGAGCUGAAGUGUCUGAGUUUACUGAACGCUCUGGACAAAGACCAGGACAUCCCAGACCAGCUGGCCCAGCUCUUUGGAGAGCCUUGCAUCAAACUGGCCGAAGGCAUCAAAGCUUACAUCUCCAAGGUGACGGAGAACAUCAUCUCCAAACAAACCUUCAUCGAAGCGAGAACGAUGCCUCGCACUUUCAACAACUCGGGGUCAAAGUUCAUGACCUCGGUGGCCCAGAGGCCUUCUGCCCACUUGACCCUCAGAGACUCCGGCGCUCAAGGGAUCCCUCCCUACCUGAUCCCCACGGCCGGUCUGCACCAGUCCUGUCGUCAUGUGGUCCGCUCGUGGGCCAAUCAGAGCUUUGGUGCUCACCUGCACAACAUGACGCUGACCAAUGGGAAGCUGCGAGUGCCCCAGGACGGGCGGUACUACCUGUACUCACAGGUGUAUUUUCGUUACCCGUCUCCUGCAGCGAGUGAAGGAGACCAACGCAGCGUCAGCCACCAGCUGGUGCAGUGUGUCUACAAGAAAACGUCCUACCCGAGCCCCAUACAGCUCCUGAAGGGCGUGGGAACAAAGUGCUGGGCUCCCGACGCCGAGUACGCCCUCCACUCCGUCUACCAGGGAGGACUGUUCGAGCUGAGGGCCGGCGACGAGCUCUUCGUCUCCGUCUCUUCUCCGACCAUGGUGAACGCCGACGACUCCUCCAGCUACUUCGGAGCCUUCCGCUUGGACCUUUAAGAGGAAAGGCUUUGAAAGAAAAACAACAAACAAACAUGGGACAAUGGAUGGAUGGAUGGAUGGAGGAAAAGUUGGGCUGGAGACUUUUGAAUGUCCGUUGUUUGGGGGGGGAAAAAAAGGCUCAUUUGGAGAGAGCUGCUGGAUUUUGCAUCCUCAGUUUGCUCGGACGGAAACGAAAGGAUGGAUUGGAUUCACUCAAGUGAACGAUGCGAGAGAGUGUGUGGAGAAAGGGAAGGGAAAAAAUGGAUUUGUCUUCCUUACUCUUUGUUAUGCAAAAACCUAACCGUUGAGAUUAAGUUAUGCAAGGAUUCAUGUGCAAUCACUCCAAAAUAAAUGUGAGGAUAUCAACUUUCUGGUGAUUCUUGGGGAAGGAAAUUACUUUUUGGACGUGAGAGAGAGAGAGAGAGAGAGAGAGAGAGAGAAGUGAGCCACAGAAAACAUUAUGAAGUCUCCCUGUAAAAUGAGAGUUGCCCGAAAAUUAGGCCCACCCAUGCUGCCCUGAUCCCAAAUUAACACACGAAUCUCAGCGUAUCUCGCACAUAAACGGGCUCCUAAUGGGGAAGCAAGCGGACCCUCGGAUUUGGAUUCCAGACGGAAGAAUGUAAACACAAUAAAAACUUGAUCCUUUGCAUCGAAGAUGUGAGGAAGGACUGUGGACUGGUGAGAGGAGAGAAUCAAACCAAAGCAAAAAAAAAAUUGUGGAAUAUACGUUUUUUUAAAGUGUGCCAUGAGAGUACUGUACAUAUGAACGGCUGAGACUGAAAUCUGUGAUGAUUUUUAGAAGUGAUUCUUGUGUAUUUUACUUUGACUGGACUUAAAACCACUUGGACUUUGUGGAGGAUUUUCCACCCCGAGAAACUGAAACUGUGGAUUUUUAUGUUUGGACGUUUUGUAAGAGUCGGAAACAUUUGCUUCUUUGUACUGAAUACUGUAAAGAGACUUUGAGAAGCGACCUGCAGUGCCUUUAAAACAAAGGAGUGUAAGAAAAGGAAAGCAGGUUUUAAAGUGUAAACAGAAAUGAGCCCAGCAGAAGGAAAGAGAGAGAGAGAUAAAAGAGGCUGUCAAGGGAAUGCUGCUAAACUAGUCCACAUUCCUGAUAUCCCUUCUUUUCUCUCUCACUUUCACUUCGCCAUCUUUGUCUUUCGUUUCAUGUGAAGAAUUUGGGCAAUCUUGUCUUUCUUGUCCGCCUGGUGAAGCUGCGUUCACUUUUUGUGUCAAGGAUCACUUAAGAGCACAACCGGAGGGAACAAAAGGCGUGCAGAAUCAAAACAAGGCGACAGAGACUGGCUGUAUGAAAAGUUCACACACUAUUGUUUGAGUUGUUUCACAUCAAAUGAAAAAGGUUUCUUUGAAGUUUGAGUUACGAAACGAUUCCUCCAUUACACUGAAAUAAAUUCACUUACAUGUUUUGACA